AUGGCAAUGAAAGCUCAAGCAGAACUGAAACAGCCCAUUACCUGUGAAAUCGUGUCCAUACAGGCGUCUCAGAAGACUGGUUUCAGCAACACCAACGGACGGAUACUAAAUCUUGUAAUGCCUUUCUCAGCUACACCAGAGGAGACCUUCUUACUCUCCAGGAAUGCAUUAAUAGGAGCAAGCUCCCGCGGCGGGGCGGCUGCAGGGUCUCCCAGCAGGGCUCAGGAUGGCGGAGAGGACGACGGGGGCCUGCAGAAGGACACGUCUCACAUGUCAUUUGAGGAGCUGUUAGAACUGCAGAGUCAAGUGGGGACUAAAGGCUGCAAACGAUUGGUAACAGGAAGCAGCGCUAAGAAGCAGAGUUCUAGACCACCUGUCCCAAAAGCAUGUGUUGCAGAUAAGCACAGGCCUCUGGAGAUGUCAGCCAAGGUCCGGGUGCCAUUUUUGCGGCAGGUUGUCCCCGUCAGUAAGAAGGUGGCCCGGGACCCCCGCUUUGAUGCUCUGUCAGGGGAGUAUAGUCCUGAGGUGUUCGAUAAAACGUAUCAAUUCCUAGAUGACAUCCGAGCCAGAGAGAAAGAGCUGGUGAAAAAGCAGCUGAAGAAGCGCCGUUCAGGGGAGGAGCAUGAGAAACUACAGCAGCUGCUUCCGCGAAUGGAGCAGCAAGAAAUGGCACAGAAGGAGCGAAGGCGGCAGCAGGAGCUACGCCUGGCCUUGAAGCAGGAGCUACGCCUGGCCUUGAAGCAGGAGCUUCGCCUGGCCUUGAAGCAGGAGCUACGCCUGGCCUUGAAGCAGGAGCUACGCCUGGCCUUGAAGCAGGAGCUACGCCUGGCCUUGAAGCAGGAGCGGCGGGCUCAGGCCCAGCAAGGCCAUCGGCCACACUUCCUGAAGAAAUCUGAGCAGCGCCAGUUGGUCCUGGCUGAGAAGCUUAAGGAGCUGAAACGAAGCAAGAAGCUAGGGAGCUUCUUGAGUCGAAAGAGGCGCCGAAAUGCAGGGCGAGGGUCACAGCUGCCCUGGAACUCGACUAGCUCAGAGAUGACUCUAAGCCUCUUGGACUGCCUGAGGGCUGAAAAGGAGCAGCUGAGCCUUCUGCCACGCCACUCUUCCUCUGCUUGCAUCGGGGUCAUCGUCCUUGUGUCCUUCUCCCAUCCUUGCCUUAAUGAUUCUGAUACAGAUGGAAAAGGACCUUGA